ACUUUUAAACUCGGAGCUUUGCCAGAGCACUUGAACGCACCCUGAGUUCCCUGCUGGUCAGUCAGCUCCCCCGUUGUAAACAGACGGUGUUCAGAGACGGAGCUCAACUCUGGGUGGUUCCGACCAGAACCGGGACUGACUCGAAAAAACACGAUGGAACAGUUUUACCUGAGUGAGAAAACAAAGAGAACAAGAAACUAAGCCCAGGAGAGACUUGUUGGGACUUUUAUUUAUGCCAACCAAACACAACAAGCACUGAGUGAGCAUCAGUAGACUUUGGGCUCAGAAAGCAGGGACUGAAACCACUUCACUCUCUUCAACGUCAAGACAGUGAGGUCCUCUACUAUAUCUACAAUGACGACCCUCGAGGAUGGCGACAUGCACACCCUCAGCUCGGAGCUGCCUGCCAUGUUUGAUGGCAUGAAGCUGGCAGCAGUGGCGACGAUCCUGUACGUCAUUGUCCGCUGUCUGAACUUGAAGAGUCCCACAGCUCCACCAGAGAUUACCUACCAGGACACACUGCUCAGCCGCUACCUGCUCAAAUCCUGCCCGAUGCUAACCAAAGAAUACAUUCCUCCCUUGCUGUGGGGGAAGAGCGGUCAUCUACAGACGGCCCUGUAUGGCAAGAUGGGACGUGUCAACACUCCAACGCCCUGCGGGGUCCGCAAGUUCCUCCCUAUGCAGGACGGAGCCACGGCGACCUUUGACCUCUUUGAAGCACUUGGAGACCACAGCACAGGAGAUGACAUUACCAUGGUAAUCUGCCCUGGGAUCGGUAACCAUAGCGAGAAGAACUACAUUCGGACCUUUGUGGAUCACUCCCAGCGGCAGGGUUACCGCUGUGCCGUCCUCAACCACCUGGGUGCCCUGCCCAACAUGGAGCUCACCUCGCCGCGCAUGUUCACCUACGGUUGUACCUGGGAGUAUGCAGCCAUGGUGGGCUACAUCAAACGGGCCUUCCCCCAGACGCUGCUGGUGGUUGUGGGCUUCAGUCUUGGUGGAAACAUCGUCUGUAAGUUCCUGGGUGAGAACCGAUCGAACCAGGACCGAGUGCUGUGCUGUGUCAGCGUCUGUCAGGGGUACAGCGCCCUCAGGGCUCAGGAAACAUUCCUUCAGUGGGACCAGUGCCGGAGGCUCUACAACUUUGUGUUGGCGGACAACAUGAAGAAACUCAUCCUGUCACACAGGAGCAGUUUGCUGGGCAUGAGCUCCAGCAACAUCGGAGACGCAGACCUUAGCAGGCUGUAUGCAGCUACAUCUCUGAUGCAGAUCGAUGACAGCAUCAUGAGGAAAUUCCACGGCUACAGCUCCUUGAAGGAGUACUACGAGAAGGAGAGCUGCGUGCACUACAUCCACAAGGUCACUGUGCCUCUCCUCCUGGUAAACUCCUCAGACGACCCACUAGUUCAUCAGUCACUACUGGGUAUUCCACGCACACUCUCAGAGAAGAUGCCCAAUGUGAUAUUUGUCCUGACCCAACACGGAGGCCAUCUGGGCUUCUUUGAGGGAGCCGUGCUGUUCCCUCAGCCCCUCACCUGGAUGGACAAGGUCAUAGUCGAGUACACCGACGCCAUCUGCCACUGGGAGAAGACCAGGCCAGGCUGUCAGACGACAGGCCAACAGGACAUGAACUCCUGCCUGCAGAACACAAGGGUAACACUCAGUGGGUAACACAUACUGUACAUGUCUGACAGACAAAACGAUAGACCAAAACCAUGAAAGACGCACAGACACAUGCGCAGCCCUUUGUAUUUGCUCUAUUUUACUUUGGUACUAAUGGCCUUACAGUUAACUAAGUCAUUCUGGGAAAUGUAGGAGACCACUAGAUGGAUUAGACAAAGCAGGAUGAUUGGAAGUGGGUAAAACAAACCAGAAAUCAAAACUUACAGAUCCAGUAAAACCCAUGAGAGUAACAUGACCCCAUGCUGAACUGCUCCUUCCUCUUUUGCUCUCAGUUAACCUCCAGUGAAAUAAUAGGUCGCCCUCUGCUGGUUUUUGGCAGGUGUUGGAUCUUGACUGGACAACAGGGUGAAGUAGUUGGCAAGCAGGUGUGACCUUUGACCUCUGUGUAGAGAGACCAAAAAACAGGUUACUAUUAAAAGCUGGAAAAUUAAGUGUGAAGCGCCCAUUGUUUUUGGCAACCAGUCUGAGGCCUUACUAUACUGAUGCCCCACAUCAGGUUAUCUAUUUAACUUGUAAAGUCCUGGACCAGAUUUAAGUGCCUUGUAUCAGCGUGAGUCUGCAACAGAUUUGAGUUUUGGCUUCUGAUGAAUCAUUGAGCUGCCUCUGAUGAGCAGUAGUAUGACAUGAUUCAUGGUUUACAGUGGUGAUUUCCAGCUCAGCAUAACAUCUGUUGUGUUCAAACUGUGUUAAAAGUCGUAUUCAUUUUAACUGUCCUUUAAUAUGAUCUUGUUUAUUUCCACUGAGAGAACUCUGCUGUUUUAUUGAAGGAAAUUUAUGUUAAAUAACAUCUGGUUUGGUUUAUUUAUACAGAGUGAGACUGCAUUUUGCUCAUUUUGACACCAGUUUUUCACUUCUAAUUUUCAUUGGGUGAGGUAGACCAUCAAGCUACACUCUUGCUGCUGACCUUCAAAAUAAAAGAAUCGGGUCACGUCAGGUUUAGAAGUUACAAAAACUCUUCUUAGUUUUUAUUUAACAAUGCUUUUCUACCAGUCGAUUCUGUGUUGUUGAACUAAAACCAGCUUUAACAUUGAACUCCAGCAUCUCCAGAUCAACUUGUCUCAUUCCGUAAGUUGCCCUGCAAAACUCAAAAACCAGUAGAUGACAGCAGCUAUCACAACAAUGCCUCCUGCCAUUGGAUGAUUGAAAGAGAUUUCCUAAAUGCUGCUGUUUACAUGGGUUAUUAUUAUCACAGUAAAUGUCCUUUGACAUGUUUACAAACCAGGGCAGGAGAUUCUCUGAAAAUAUACUGGACUGAAGGGCUGUUUAGCCUUUUUUAAUGAUCCUGCUGCAUUUUGGCUACAUACCUGUUAAAGGCACAUGGCUUUGACUCAAACACAGAGUAGUCUCUUAUUAGACAAAGGCUAAUUGCUGAGUUUCAUAAGUAACCACAGUUAUUCUGGGUUUAUUUUAAGCUGCUUAUUGCUGUUCAGCAGGUGGGUGGAGUCUGCCACAUAAAAAGAAAUAAAUAAAUACAGUGAACUGAGGAGUAAUGACGAUGACAAUGUUUCUCUGUGUCUCAUGAGGUGAAUUUUAUCUGCAGGAAUUCUUUUUGUUUUCUGUGGUGGCCUUUUCCAUUUCCAUUUUGACAAAUUCCUGUUUGAUAUUAAUCAGUUUCCUGUGAGUAACAUCCUGUCAGACACUGUGUAUGUGUUUAAAUGCAGUGGACUCCACCUGAGCUCACAUGUCUUAUUAUUACUCAACAUGUCAGCCAUCAGAUUUAACACAGCCUCAAGCUGAAUCCCAGCUGCAACAGCACCACUGCUCCGCCUGUAUGUGCAAUAUGUCCUGACUGUUGAAGAUAUGGACUGUUCUGCCUACACUUUACUGUCCAUACAGUUCCUGUUGUACUGUAUGAACAAUAUCGUAUGUAUCAGCUUGUGGGUGUAGCAUUUGUAAUCUAAUCAUGAUGUGUUUUGUUCUCAUGUGGUACACUGCAUUGACUGAUUGGACGAAUUUGAACUCACCCAUUAAUAAACAUUUUUCACAAAUCUG